AUGUCUACGAAAUGGACUUCAGUUUUUCUCCUGAUACAGCUGAGCUGUUAUAUUAUCUCUGGGAGUUGUGGAAAGGUGCUGGUGUGGCCCACAGAAUUCAGCCAUUGGAUGAAUAUGAAGACAAUCCUGGAGGAGCUUGUCCAGAGGGGUCAUGAGGUGACUGUGUUGGCAUCUUCAGCUUCCAUUCUUUUUGAUCCAAACAGCCCAUCUACUCUUAAACUUCAAGUUUAUCCUGUAUCUUUAACUAAAACUGAGUUUGAGGAUAUCUUCAUGCAACUGGUCAAGAGAUGGGCAGACCUUCCAAAAGACACAUUUUGGUCAUAUUUUUCACAAGUACAAGAAAUCAUGUGGACAUUUAAUGACAUAAUUAGAAAGUUCUGUAAGGAUGUAAUUUCAAAUAAGAAACUUAUGAAAAAACUACAAGAGUCAAAAUUUGAUGUUGUUCUUGCAGACGCUAUUAUUCCCUGUGGGGAACUGCUGGCUGAGCUAUUUAACAUACCCUUUGUGUACAGUCUCCGUUUCUCUGCUGGCUACACAAUUGAAAAGCAUAGUGGAGGAUUUCUGUUUCCACCUUCCUAUGUACCUGUUGUUAUGUCAGAACUAAGUGACCAAAUGACUUUCAUGGAGAGGGUAAAAAAUAUGAUCUAUGUGGUUUAUUUUCAAUUUUGGUUCCAAAUAUUUAAUAUGAAGAAGUGGGAUCAGUUUUACAGUGAAGUUCUAAGAAGACCCACUACCUUAUCUGAGACAAUGGGGAAAGCUGACAUAUGGCUUAUUCGAAACUCCUGGGAUUUUCAGUUUCCUCAUCCACUCUUACCAAAUGUUGCUUUUGUUGGAGGACUCCACUGCAAACCUGCCAAACCCCUCCCUAAGGAAAUGGAAGAGUUUGUCCAGAGCUCUGGACAAAAUGGUGUUGUGGUGUUUUCACUGGGGUCAAUGUUCAGUAACAUGACAGAAGAAAGGGCUAAUGUAAUUGCAUCAGCCCUUGCCAAGAUCCCACAAAAGGUUCUGUGGAGAUUUGAUGGGAAUAAACCACAUACUUUAGGACUCAAUACUCGGGUGUACAAGUGGAUACCCCAGAAUGACCUUCUUGGUCAUCCAAAAACCAGGGCUUUUAUAACUCAUGGUGGAUCCAAUGGCAUCUACGAGGCGAUCUACCAUGGGAUCCCUAUGGUGGGCAUUCCAUUGUUAGCGGAUCAACCUGAUAACAUUGCACACAUGAAGGCCAAGGGAGCAGCUAUUAGACUGGACUUCAACACAAUGUCGAGUACAGACUUGCUCAUUGCACUGAAGACAGUAAUUAAUGACCCUUUAUAUAAAGAGAACGCUAUAAAGUUAUCAAGAAUUUAUCAUGAUCAGCCAGUGAAGCCCCUGGAUCGAGCAGUCUUCUGGAUUGAAUUUGUCAUGCGCCAUAAAGGAGCCAAGCAUCUUCGGGUUGCAGCUCACGACCUCACCUGGUUCCAGUACCACUCUUUGGAUGUGAUUGGGUUCCUGCUGGCCUGUGUGGCAACUGUGAUAUUUAUCAUCACAAAGUGUUGUAUGUUUUGUUUCUUGAAAUUUGCUAGAACUGGAAAGAAGGGAAAAAGAGAUUAGUUGUAUUUGAGGCUUGAAGCUGGGAAACCUGAUAGAUGGGACUUCUUCAGUUUAUUCCAGCAAGAAAGGUUAUGAUGCAACAUUCCUUUCUUUCUAUGACAGAAAACCUCUUCAAAACUUACUUGCCUUGUCAAAUAAAAAUUUGUUUUUCAGAGAUUUAAUACUUGUUUAAUGGUUAGAAAUACUUUUUGUCAAGAAGGAAAAUACUAGCGAAAAUACAAAAUAGUAUAAACCCAUACAAGCUUAUAUGUAAAUCUGUGGAGCUUAUAUUGAAAUUUAUUGCUCCCAUUCAUAGGUUACAUGAAAAAAUUUUUACUGCGCUCAAGUACAUUUCAUAUAUUGUACUUAAACACAAGAAUGUUAAGAAGCCCACUGACAGUAUUGAUACUGUUUUGUAAAUACUCAGAUUACUUUGGCUUCAU